UAGAAAACCGAAGAAGGAUUUAUAAAUGUGAAAUGGCAAGUCCUAAUCCAGAUAAUGAAACGACUUCAAUGUUUUUGGAUAAGGGGGAUGGUAAAAGACGAAGUCCUACUCGAACAGAAACAUCACCAAGAAGAAAUUCAGUUGUAAAAGCAAUUAAUGCUGAAGUGAUAACGGUAAAAGACUUUUUCGAUUUUAUGAAAACAGCAUAUCAAGUAUAUGAACAUUUAGAAGGUGAUGAGAACGAAGGCUCAAAAAUAAAUUGGGAAGAACUUUCUAAAUUGACUGUGCUGAAUCAUGUUAUUGAACAGCAAGAGAGAGAUCUCUUGUAUCAGACUGCACUAACGAUGCAAAAACCUAUUGUUAGCAAGAGUGAGACACAAAUUGAGAGAAAGAGUAGUGUGACUGAUAGAAUCGAAAAACGGUACAGUUGCAGUGAAAUUGAAGGUAAGAAUCGAAGACGUUGUCCCGAACCAAGGGUUGAAAUGUUGGGAGUUUGGACGGAAGCGAACUUGAAUUGUAAAUUAAACGAUGUUAUAAAUGAAGGAAUUUUAGAUUCUAUCCUGCCAUAUUUAGUGGGAUACAAGAAACCAUUUAAAACCACAAGCGUAUAUGCUCCAAUAAUAAAGAAGACGUCUUCAAAUACAUUGACGACCGAAGUAAAAAAACCGGCAAGCUUUGAAGGAUUUGUCAAUGAAAAAGAAUCUCGUGAUCGUUUAGGGCGAAGGAAAUCUUCAGUGAUUGCAGCGCAUGAACGAGCGAAUCAGAAACAAGAUGGCGAUGUCGAAAUACACGUUUGCGACGAAGUGAAGGGAUUGAAAAAGGACUUUAGAUGCCCGCAGAAACUUUUGGUUUCGAAAAUGGGAUAUUUCGCUGACGUCACCGCUGGUCAGCGACUGGAAGAUAUGGACAUUUCUGUACAUUGUGAUAUACAGAUAUUCGAUUGGCUGAUGCGCUGGGUGAAGCGGGACUCGAUCCUCGUCGCUGAUUGGCCGCUGCUCGACCCGCACAAUGUUGUACCGAUACUGGUGUCGGCGUCUUUUCUUCAGAUGGAACCACUUCUACACGACUGUCUCAUCUACUGUCACGCACACAUGAACGAUAUCGUGAAAACCACAACCAACUUAGCGUGCCUCAGUGACGCGCUGCUUACGAGAUUAGCCGCGAUGUACACGAACGCGGAGUUGGAGAGCAUCCGCGACCGCAAGGAUAAGAUCCAAUCGCGGUUGUACUGCAAGAUGAUACUGUCGCUCGCCGAGCCGGUGCCGGAGACGCUUCGCGGCCACUACGCUUCGCUCGCGACUCUCUUCAAGUGCAGCAAAUGCAACAAACUCCUCGGGCGGCACAUAGCGGAGCAGGUGCCGUGCCAGCCCGCCUCCAUGCGAAUAGACCGACGCGGGAACGUCGUCUCAUCGCAUUCCAAAGACCCAUCGUGGAGUCUGAACGAAUAUAUAACAUGGUUAUUCGGUGAGUUGCGUUCUUGGCGCCGCGUGUAUUGGCGCCUCUGGGCCGAUUGUCACUUCUUACGGUGCCAACUGUGCGAUAGCUAUUUCCCAGCUUAUCAGAUGGAGUGGUGUUCGCACCACGCGGCGGGCGCGCACGCGCUGGGCGGCGCGCUGGCGGCGGGCCGCUACCCGUGCUGCGGCGAGCGCGCGUACCGCUUCGAGGCGCUCACACGCAACACGGGCUGUCAAUUCCGAGAGCACGUGCCCGACGAGAGCUUGGCCACGGACGCGGCGGUGAUGGAAAUAUACAACCAAUUCAGAGAUAUUAUCGCGAUGCGUCCGCCCCAGUUGAUGUUCCCGGAACGACUGACUAGAUUGGUGACGCGGGAACCUGGUGAGGAAGUGGGGGGUCGCCUGCAAUGCAAGGAGGUGUUCUGGUGGGAGGGGAUCCAGUUGAUACCGCCGCGACAACCACUCGGCCUCUUGGGGAAACUGUAUACGAGCAAUAAUAAGUUCAUCCCGAAUGUGCGCCCCGGCUCGCCAGUUUUGAACACAAUUCAAGCGGCUGCGCCCUCUGUAUCCGGCAAUUGUUCCAACGCUUCGCCAGAACGUUCGGAAAUUAAAUCGAAACUCAAGGAAAGUCCGAGGAAUAAGCAAGGCACCAGUGGUACUGGAGACGCUCUGGAAGUAGCUGACGAGGCGACAGACUCCGAUGAGAGUGAACAAAGCUCUGACAGCGCGAGGAGUGAUGAAGACACCCCUCCGCGCCGACCUCGCGCUCGUACUCGCAUGCCUCCUCCACCAUGUAACAGGAAUAAAUCUCGUCGCUGGGGUACAACGGGUGGCGGGCGAGUGUGGGCGGCGACGCUGUCGGCGCGCAGCAACCAGGACGGACAGCGCCGGUACGAGGAGCGCGCCGCCGCGCACAUGCGCGCCACGCUCGCCAAGCGGCACCACUAUCCGGCGCGUCCGAAACCGCAUGCAGGUGGCGUUUAUGCAAAAUUGGAAGCUGAUUGGCGCGAAAAACACGGACAGAAGCCGCGCAGUUUGCCGUCUGCAAGAAACCGUUCACAGGCUACAAAAUAUAAAUAAAUACAUUUUUAGUA